CAAGAAAGGCACUGGACUUGACCACAGUUGACUUGACUACAUACUGACGGAGAGCUUUGCAAGAGUAAAAAGCAAACUCACGGAAUACAUUUAAAGUAAAGAAAAAGGCUUAAGAUGGAUUUCUUAAACCACAACUAUUUGAACGCGCGCACAUCCUAUGACUAUACCUUUAAUUUUUGGAAUGACUAUCUCGGACUGUCGACACUGGUCACGAAGAAUAACAAGCACAGUGUGCCCCAAAGUCCCAACUCCAUCACGGAGUCCUUGAAAGCAACGUUGGGCUUGGACGACUCUCCUGCGUGUGCGUGCGUAAUCUCGGCCAGCGGUGAAGGCGGACACCUGGACUGCUGCUGCCACUCCGGGAGUCCCCCGCCUACCUCCAUCCUCGACUUGAAAGAGCGCUUCUCCAUACUGAGCCCCUUCCAGAACCAAAGCGCGGGCGUCCCUCAGCAAGACCGAGACAUCGGCUUUGGAGGAAGCUUCACGGGAUUUGAUCUGUUUGGCAUGGAGCGGAAGGUGCGCAAACCAGCGGCUCGGAAUAAGCAGGAGCCCAAGAUCUGCGUCUUCUGUCGGAAUAACGGAGCCCCGGAGGAGGUGUACGGGUCUCACGUACUGAAAACACCAGACGGGAGGGUGGUGUGUCCCAUUCUCCGGGCUUACACAUGUCCGUUAUGCAGUGCCAACGGGGAUAAUGCGCACACUAUUAAAUACUGUCCACUCUCCAAAGAUCAACCAGCCCAACGACCAUUAAAGGGAGGGAGGGCAGUAGGUGGUAAGCGAAUGAAAAUAUUCUAAAAGACAGAGCUUCAUACGUCGAGUAAAUAAACUAAAUUUGAUUGCACUGAACAUUUCUUUCAGAUGACUGUUUCGAUUGCGGCUUUCCCAGUCCUAACUGCUAUGCUACAGGAUUUAAUAAAACAAAUUAAAUAUCUUUUUUUCAAAAUCUCUUAUAUUUUUAUAGAUACUUUAUUUCCAUAGUUUAUUGUAUUCGUUAUUCAUAAAAAGUAUAUAUUUUUCUUUCACUCCUUAGUGUUUAGAUGUUUAUUCAUCAAAAAUCCAUAGUACACAAUCACUUUGUGUGAAUAAACAAUGUUAUUUUGUUAUGUGGGGAAGUAUACUAGUUGUCAUGAACAUUGGAGGUGUUUUAUUUAUGUUAACCCCCAGUAUUUUCCAUGUAAGCCAAGCUUACUCCUUCUAUUGUCUUUCAAAACCAAAGUUAAGUUUGCCAUUAAACAACAUUGAGAAUGUUCCAUCUCUGUACUGUAUCAUCUGGAGAUAGUGGAGUUCUGUGUAAACUGAAGUGCUCUGGGUAUGGUAUUCAUAGCCCAUUCCUCCCCUCAUGCAGUCCACCACGCAAUUUACUUCCCUCUGAGACUGACAUUUAAUAUGUUCAAGAGAGGGGGGGAAAAGACACACAAAGGGGUCUCUGUUAUGCAUUCAUGUUUUCAGAGUAACUUCAUAAUCAAUAGUUGCCCUGCCAAAUUAGUCUGAACUUUUCUGACAGAAAUAGUUGUUUUCUUUGCCAAGGCUUAUUUUGGAAUAUGUUUAUUAGGCCAAUGUGAGGUACCUUUGAUGUUUACAUCCCUGGCCCAGGGUAACACACUGGAUUCAAUGUCUUAUGGGUAUCUCUCUUAGGCUGUAAACAUCCCAUUCAACUGUAUCAUGUACUACACUUUUGUUUGUUUCUUUGUUUUUGUUUUAUGUCAUAUUUGUUUUGCUUUCCCCCGAAUAUUUGCUGGGUGAAGGAGGACGUACUCUCCAAGAGUCAAAGUGGCAGUUUUACCAAGUCAGUGGUGGGAAUAUAGCACGAAUGAAUGUUAUGAAUAAAAAAGAGCUUUUGUAAAACAGCAUACUUUCCCCCUUUUUGCAUAAUGUACCAUUAAAAAAAGAAUCCAAAAAAAUAGAUGCAAAAUAUUGUGAAUGUACAAUUGAGUCUUGCAGGACUGCACAUGUCGAACAGUUGUGUUUACCAAAGGAAUACAAUUUUAAUGAAGUAAGGAACAUAGAUUUGCUGUAUUGUAAAUAAACAAAGUUUAGUGAAGUUAAUUCAGUAUUUUAACAUUAAGUGACUUCAGAGGGUACUACCUCAACAGGAUUUUGUACUUACAUGUAAAAUGUCAACAGCAGUUUAUUAAUAUAGUGCUGCCAUUUAUAAUAAGGGUUUUUAAUAGUAUUUUUGAUCUUUGUAUAACAUAAUUGUAUUUUUCUUUCAAUGCAUUCAAAACACAUGGAAGAGACUUUCCAAUAAGCUCCAAGCGUUGUUCGCCAUGAGGCGACGGUUGUAAAUAAUGAUCUCCAUACUUUUUUUAAGUUGCUGUUCAAUGUUACAUUCUUGAGGCGUGCAAGAGACGAGAGCAAGAGCAAGAGUGAGAGAAUGGAAUAUGUUGAAAAGACAUUAGACAAUUUUGCCACUUUUAACUGAGGUUUGUAAUUAAAUUAAAAGAGAAAAAAUAAACACUGUUGAAUUUUGUUAUUUAUAUUUUGUCACAAUUCCCUGUAUGCUGCUGUGCAGAGAAAUUACAAAGAUAUAAAUUCACUAGAGAAAUAAACAGCUUGUCAGC